AUGACUGGCCUACUGGAAGUCACCACAGUGACAGUAGCCAACGUUGGUGCCUCGGCAGACAAUGUUUUCACUACAUCUGUGGCAAAUGCAGCUUCAAUUUCAGGACAUGUGUUGUCUGGGAGAACAGCCCUCCAAAUUGGGGACAGCUUGAAUACUGAAAAAGCCACUCUCAUAGUGGUUCACACAGACGGCAGCAUUGUAGAAACCACAGGGUUGAAGGGGCCAUCAGCACCUCUCACACCAGGACCGCAAUCUCCUCCUACCCCUUUAACAUCCGUCCAAGAAAAAACUGGAACCAAGUACAACUGGGACCCGUCUGUGUAUGAGAACGAGCUCCCGGUGAGGUGCCGGAACAUCAGUGGCAUUCUGUAUAAAAACAGACUCGGCUCAGGAGGCCGUGGUAGGUGCAUUAAGCAAGGGGACAACUGGUACAGCCCCACUGAAUUUGAAGCUAUGGCGGGACGAGCCAGCAGCAAGCACUGGAAGAGGAGCAUCCGCUAUGCUGGGAGGCCACUGCAGUGCCUUAUUCACGAUGGGAUUUUAAAUCCUCACGCUGCCUCUUGCACUUGCGCUGCUUGCUGCGACGACAUGACUCUGAGCGGCCCUGUACGACUCUUUGUACCAUAUAAAAGGCGGAAAAAAGAAAAUGAAAUGCCUGCAACUCCCGUGAAGAAGGAUUGCCCCAAAAACAUCACUCUGCUUCCUGCCACAGCUGCUACUACAUUCACCGUGACUCCUUCUGGACAGAUCACUACCUCCGGUGCUCUGACAUUUGACCGUGCAUCGACAGUGGAAGCCACAGCAAUUAUCUCAGAAAGUCCGUCCCAGGGUGAUGUUUUCACUGGAGCCACUGUUCAAGAUACCAAUGUCCAGCAGCCUUGCCGGGUCAAUCACCCAGAACCUCACUAUCCGAGUUACCAGGACAACUGUCAGAUUUCACCUUUUCCUGAAGCCGCACUGCCAACAUCUCAUCCCAAAAUUGUGUUAACCUCGCUCCCUGCCCUGGCGGUGCCCCCCACGACCCCCACCAAAGCCAUAUCCCCUUCGGUGGUGAAUGGGCUGGAAGUGACGGAGCAGCGGAGCUGGCUGUACUUGGAAGAGAUGGUCAAUUCAUUGCUCAACACCGCCCAGCAGCUGAAGACUCUCAUUGAACAGGCCAAACAGGCCAGCUCCUCCUUCCGCGAGGCUGCUGUCACGCAAGCAAAAAUUCAAGCUGAUGUGGAGAGGAAAGAGCAGUCCUGUGUCAACUGCGGCCGUGAGGCAACGAACGAGUGCACAGGAUGCCAUAAAGUCAACUACUGCUCCACUUUCUGCCAGCGGAAGGACUGGAAGGACCACCAGCAUAUCUGCGGCCAGUCGGCCACAGUGACGGUGCAAGCCGACGAGGUGCACGUCGCGGACAGCGUAAUGGAGAAAGUCACCGUCUGAGCACACCUACCUCUUCAACCGUUCACCAACAACGUGGUGCGGCCGGCUGGAUCGGCAACCCGGCGUGAACGGUCUGUCCUUUACAAACCACACUCCUUUCUCUUAGCGAACUCAUUUUUGAAAGACUUUUUGAUACUGUGACAACAUUUGCCUACUCCCGAGCCUCUUGCAAAACUUUGAAUAACACAGAGACUGUGAAAACCUCAUCUGGGAAAAACAUCCCCCCCCCGCCCCCAACUGCAGCCAAGCAGCUGGGAGCCCCCUUCGGCUUAAGGAAGCUUCGACUUUGCCAGACUGGAGCCUCCACCAUGUGGAUUGCAGCGAUCUCAUCAUCUCUCUCGAGAUGGAGCUAACGCAGGUGCUGCAAUGAGAUUUGCCAGUGUGUCCUUCCCCCCGUGCCUCCCUACCUCUUGUUUGAAAAAAGAAACGAACCUUCAUUUGGUUUAUUUAAUUGCCUUGACAAAGUCAGUACAAGUUCUUAGUUUGCCGUCGGAAGGACUUUUUUUUUUCCUGUGUUCCCUCUGUGCUGGGCAAAUUUGGAACACACUGGAGCUUCUGCACUUGAACAUAAGUGAAAAAUACCAUGUUGUUAAAUAAAAUG